UGAGGGUGAGUCUCGGUCGGACGAUUCCACCGACCUAUUGUUUGUUUUUCGGUGGAAAUUAUGUCUUUAAUUAAUGAAUGUGUGUACCAAGAAUGUAAAUAUGUUUACCUGUGUUGUCCUCUAGUUUUAAGUUCAGAUUCCAGGUAACAUUACAUCGCUAACAUUGGCGCCAAAUGGCCGCUCUUUGUUGUAUGAGACUUGUUCAGUGCGUGCGUGUGUGUGUGCCUACAUGUGUAGGUAAUGAGACUUGUUCAGUGCGUGCGUGUGUGCGUGCGUGUGUAGGUAAUGAGACUUGUUCAGUGUGUGCGUGUGUAGGUAAUGAGACUUGUUCAGUGUGUGCGUGCGUGUGUGUGCAUGCGUGCGUGUGUGUGCUUAGGUGUUUAGGUAACUGUGUUAUUCUGUGUGUUUAGGCGUAAGCCAAAGAAAGACGGGAUACCGACAUUGUCUGAUUGUCGCCCGCAGUUUUGUGGUUUUAUUUUAUUUUCUAAGGUGUUAAUUAUAGCAAAUGUUGCAUGUUUUGUUCCGUCACGGAAUGGCACUUGGAAUGUACAUUUCAAUAUUUUACAGAUUGUUUGUAUCUGGCUUUUUCACUGUAAAUGGUUAAAAAUGUAUAUGUGGACAGAAAAGUUUUACAUGGCUGAGGGCGUAAGCCAAAGAAAGAUGGGAUACCGACAUUGUCUGAUUGUCGCCCGCAGGUUGGAAGGAAAAUAAAUGAAGCUGUGAACAGUGGAAAAAGUCUCCUCAUUGUGCCGACCCAGAACAGUUACACUGGUGCCGUGAACCUUCGGAUCUUCAGAUCGUCUUGAUGCUCGUCGCUGCGCUGCUGUCCUGAUCUACAGUUGAUGAUUAUUGUGUGGUCGGAUCUCAAAACAGUGUGUUUGGGUACAGUGAUUUUUUUUUUUUUCUUCUUUUUUUUUUCUCUCCCUCUUUUAUUUUCAGUGGGUCGGUAACUUUCGGUAGUAUAUUAUUUUUGUGCUAAAACACGUGUUAUUUUUUUUCCGAGUCCGUUUGUUCCGGUAUAAUUACACAACGCAAGUACAGAUCAUUAUUGGCAUCACGAUGGAUAAGUUUAUUACCCCUGUGUUAUCAAGAGGUAGGGGUAUUUUGUGUUCUGAAUCCACUAAUAGUAGGGAGGUGGGGCGUUCCAGCAUUACAGCUGAUGGGUGUACAAAUAAGGGGUUGGGUCGAGGUUUGCUGUUCACUCCUGUUGACGAGUCCAUGAGGGAGACACCUCACACUUCCACACCCAACAGUGAUGUUGAUGCCAUCCACCACCUCACUGAUAUGGUUGGGCAGUUAGGUGCCCAAAUUGGUGAAUCCAUUGUUGAAAAGCUAAUGUUUAUUCACAACACAGCUGGUGUUGUGAAUAUGCAGAGUGACUGUCAGAGUAGUCCUGCUGUGCAGAACACACACAAUGGAGUUAGCAAGCAUGAUCUCCAGCAUUUGACAGUUCAAGUUAAGUCAGAUAAGGACCUCCAGACAUUUAGAGGUGACAACACUGACAGGUAUUCAGUGCAAGACUGGAUUGUUAUGACUAAGACUUUCCUCAAGAGACACAAUGUUAUUGUAGAUGAUCAGACGGAGGAAAUCUUGAACCAUUUGAUGGGCAAAGCCAGGGAUGUAGUGCAGAUAGCAUUGCGCAGUGAUCCUGGACUGAAUGUUAGACAGAGACCUGAACUAAUAUACAAUAUCCUACUCCAGUAUUUCAGUGAUGCUCCGUCAUGUCUCCCUCUUGCUGACUUUUAUGCUACUCUGCCCAAGCACAGAGAGAACCCAGUAGACUACUGGAUAAGACUGAACAAAGCAGCAGACCUGGCUCUUGAGGGUCUUCACAGACAAGGAAAACGGGCAGAGAACAUGUAUGAUGAAGUGGCUCUCAUGUUUGUCAAACACUGUCCUGACCCGGAACUAUCCUGCAUUUUAAAGUGUAAGCCACUUCAUGAGUGGACGUCCCGUGAUGUUCAACAGAGAAUCGAUGACUACCAGGGAGAGUCAAGGGCUAAUAGAAGGGCUGCUGGUACUGCACAGUUAAAGAGUCACAUCACCGCUGUGGCCUCUGAGCAGGCCGGUCCACCGUCAGUAAGCCUGCCAGUGUCUGAAGAGUGUCGCGCCCCAGUUCCCUCUCCUCUCUUUCCCCAAGCUCAGCGUCAUGUGUACUGUUCCCCUCUCACUCCCCCAAUGUCUGCCUCUGUUCCAAAUGAACACCAGCGUUCCCCAAGCCUUACCCCUGCUACAGCAGUGGUGCAAAAUCUUCAACAGACAGAAGAAAGACUUCUCACCCGCAUGGUUGACAUGUUCCAGAUGAUGAUGGAUAAGAUGCAGCGAGGCGACACUGAUCAUCAAAGUCAAGGUGGGAGAUUCCAGCGUGCCACACGGGGUCGACGUCCCAGGGAGGCAGCCUGUAGAAUUUGUGAUGAUCCGCGCCACACCACCAUUUCCCACUGCAUGUCUGACAGACUGUGCUUCACCUGUUUUGCUCCUGGCCACACCAAACUGAACUGUACUGCCAAUAACUCCCCCAGCCCCAGUCUGAGGGAAACCAGCUGACCUGUAUUCGGAGGGAGGCAGUACGGGUCUUUACACAAACUCCCUAUUUGAUGACAUGUCUGAUGCUGAAACGGUUUACACAUCCACCAAGGCCUCCUGCAAUGACUCUGAAGUUGUUUAUCAGAAUAUUCACAGUUAGACAGAGUGACAGUCUCUUUUACACACCUGUGACUGUGGGUGGGGUUGUUACAUUGGGUGGCAUGAUGGACAGUGGUUCGAUGGCCUGCAGCAUUAGUGAGACAGUGGAAAUGAGAUUGAGGGAGACUGGUGUACUAUCUGGCCAAAAUCAAAUCGAUGUGAAUGUGACUCUUAUUGGUUGUGGGGGUUUACGUGUGAAGCCAAAGUGUGCUUUUGACAUUGAAAUGGAAGUGUAUGGCUGUAAAAUGCUGGUCCCCACACUUGUUGUCCCUGGUCAACAGGAUGAGUUAAUCCUGGGAACUAAUGUUUUAAAAUACAUUCUACACCAGUCUAAAAGAUGUGACUCGUUUUGGAGAACAGUUUCUGGUCCCUGCUCACACACAGAUCCAGAAGUGGAAUGUUUCCUUUCCAUGCUGGCUGGCCUGAACCCCUGGAGAGGUGAGGAUGCUCCUGACAGGAUUGGCACAGUCAGGUGCAACUCUGCUGUCUGCCUGAAGCCUGGUCGUGAGUACCUCAUCUGGGGAAAACUACCCAGGAACACUGCGGUUUCACCAGGCAGCGCCGUCAUAACUGAGCCGACGUCAUCCCGCUCAGCUCCUAGAGGUGUGUUGGUUGCGAGGAUCGUGUCUCCAAUGUGGGGAGAUAGGUGGGUCCCUCUAAAACUCAUUAACACUUCUGACAGGCCUGUGCUAUUGAGGCGCAAUGCUAAACUGGCUGAUGUUUACUCCUGUGUUGCCCUUGAAGACAUGGAUGUUGCCCAACUCUCAGGAGCUCCCCUGCUCAGUUGCACCCAAUCAGCUACGCCACCUGCUGCUGAUAUUGACUCUGUGAUAGACAAGCUCAAGUCGGUUGGACUGUGCAACAUUGACAUUGAGUCGUGUGAGGUGUCAGAACAUUGUAAGAAGAGGCUGGCUCAUCUUGUUUUGCAGUAUGAAGAUGUCUUUUCACGCCACCAACUGGACUGUGGGGAGGCAAAGGGUUUUGUGCAUCGCAUUCAUCUGUCUGACAGCAGGCCAUUCAGGCUCCCAUACAGGAGAGUUCCUCCUAGCCAGUACCAGAAGCUGCGUCAAGUACUGAGUGAGAUGGAGCAAAGAGAAAUCAUCAGAAAGUCAACCAGCGAGUACGCAUCGCCACUGGUGCUGGUGUGGAAAAAAAAUGGAUACCUCCACAUCUGCACAGACUUUCGCUGGUUGAAUAAGAGGACUCUGAAGGAUGCUCAUCCCCUUCCCCACCAAGCGGAUUGUUUGGCCGCUCUGGGAGGCAACUGUCUUUUCAGUACCAUGGAUUUGACUUCGGGUUUUUAUAAAAUGCCACUACAUGAAGAUGAUAGAAAGUAUUCUGCCUUUACUACUCCCAUGGGUUUAUAUGAAUACAAUCUUCUUCCCCAGGGUCUCUGCAACAGUCCUGGUAGUUUCAUGCGCAUGAUGACCAGUAUUUUUGGGGACCAAAAUGAUCUAAGUCUGUUGUGCUGUUUGGAUGAUUUGUUGGUGUUUGCACCUGAUGAGGACAUUGCAUUGCAGCGCCUAGAAAUGGUUUUUGACAGGCUGCGCAGUCAUAACUUAAAGGCCUACUGAAAUGAAUUUUUUUUAUUUAAACGGGGAUAGCAGAUCUAUUCUAUGUGUCAUACUUGAUCAU